AUAAAAAGAAAAAGAAAAAGCCAACUCAAACUUAAACGUUUAUCUAUUCUCUAUCGUAAUCGUAAUAGUAUUGUAUUCUACUAAACUUGUUCUGUAAUCAACUCAAUAUUAUUACCAUCCAAACACACCCUUAAUACCCUUUCUUCUUCAAUCAAAAUCAAAUCCCAAAAUCUCAAUCAAAUCAUUUCAUGGCCAUUUCUGCUCAAGCAUUUCCCCAUCGAAAGCGCCGCCCAUCGGCGGCGGCCUUUGUUUCUCCAAAGCUCUCAGGUAUCAAUCUCCUUCAAUCUCUUCUUCUUCUCACAAAAGAAAUUAGUUCUCUUAAGCCUUUUGAGUUUCUUUUCCGGCGAAAUUCGCUCUCCGUGAUUCGUAAAUCGAAGCUUCUAGCGAUUUUGUUUGAAGAGCUUCUUCGAGCUCCCAUGGCCUAUUAUUCUACCUCUGCUGUUCUUUGUUUCGAAGAAAUGUUUAUUGUUUUGCAGAGGAUUAAGGCUCUGAUUGAGGAUUGUUCUAAUGGAUCGACUAGUAAGAUGUGGUUACUCGUUCAGAAUAAUUCCAUGGCGAACAAUUUUCAUGAAUUGACUUUAGAAUUAUCGACUCUGUUGGAUAUUUUUCCUUUGAAAGAGAUUGAAUUAAGCGAAGAUGUUGAAGAACUUGUUUGUUUGGUGAGAAAACAGUGUUCGGAGACGAAAGCUUUUCUCGAUCCAGAAGAUGAGAUUCUCAGACUCGAGAUCGUAACCAUGCUAGAUCGAAUCAAGAAAGAGAUCGUUCCCGAUCAUUCCAAACUUUCUGAAAUUUUCACGAAUUUAGGAAUUCGAGACUCAUCAAGUUGCAGAGAAGAAAUCGAGUCUCUCCAAGAAGAAGUUCAGAAUCAAAACGACGAUAAAUCAAAAUCAGAACUCGUAGCACUGAUCGGAAUCGUUCGCUACACGAAAUGCGUCUUAUUCGGCGCUUCCACUCCUCAGCCUGAUAUCAUUCGCCGGCAAUCGGCAUCGGAAAUUCCUGUACCGUCAGAUUUCCGGUGUCCGAUAAGUCUCGAUCUGAUGCGGGACCCAGUAGUAGUGGCAACAGGUCAGACGUACGAUCGUGAAUCAAUCAAGCUGUGGAUCGAAUCAGGACACAACACGUGUCCCAAGACAGGUCAGACCCUGGCCCACACGGAGUUAAUCCCCAACUGCGCGUUGAAAAACCUUAUCGCCAUGUGGUGCCGUGAUCAGAAGAUUCCUUUCGAAACGGCUGAGAAUAAAGACAAACCAAAAGGCCUUGCAUUAAUAAACAAGGCGGCUUUGGAAGCCACGAAGAUGACGGCUUCGUUUUUGGUCAACAAAUUAUCUCAAUCCCAAUCGUUUGAGGACGCAAACGGUGUCGUUUACGAGCUUCGAGCACUCGCCAAAACCGACUCCGAAAGCCGAAUCUGCGUAGCCGAAGCGGGAGCCGUACCUUUCUUAGUCCGUUAUUUAUCUCCCGAUAUCGGCUCGGCUCAGCCAAACCUCCAAGUCAACGCCGUUACAGCAAUUCUCAACUUAUCAAUUCUCGAAGAGAACAAGAACCGUAUAAUGGAAACUGAAGGAGCCUUAAACGGCGUCGUUGAGGUUCUUCGCACGGGUGCCACGUGGGAAGCUAAAGGUAAUGCAGCCGCAACGAUAUUCAGUUUAUCGAGUGUGCACGCCCACAGGAAAAGACUCGUGAGGAAGACACGUGUCGUGAAAGGAUUGCUCGAAUUAGCCAAAACGGGUCCGGAGUCAACCAAAAGAGACGCAUUGGCAGCGAUAUUGAAUUUAGCCGGCGAUAGAGAUGGUGUUUUCCGAUUAGUCGAAGCCGGAGUUGUGGAUGUCUCCGUUCAGGCGAUCGACGAGGGUUUAACGGAGGAAGGUGUGACGAUAAUCGAAGUUGUGGUUAAGAGAGGUGGUUUGUUAGCCAUUGCAGCAGCUUACAGUGCUAUAAAGAAACUCGGGUCGGUUUUGAGAAACGGGUCGGAGCGAGCCCGAGAGAGCUCGGCUGCGACUCUGGUUACGAUUUGCCGGAAAGGUGGGGCGGAGAUGGUGGCGGAGCUUGUGGGUGUGGCGGGAAUCGAAAGGGUAAUUUGGGAAGUUAUGGGGACUGGUUCGUCUAGGGGUAGACGGAAGGCUGCGACGUUAUUGAGGAUAUUGAGAAGAUGGGCGGCGGGUUUGGACGGAGAUUUAACGGAGAGUUACGGCGUUAAUAAUGCCACAAAUGCUGCUGCUACUACUACUACUACGACUAUUGUAACAUCGUCAACAACAGUGGCGUUGACCAGUUAAAUUCUUUUGUAUUUUGUAAAAAGUUUUUAUUUUUAUUUUUUUUUUAGAGAUUUAAUUUGUUCUAUAUAUUGAUUAUUUUGUAUAACCCCAUGUAAAAAACUUGUACAUGGAAAAACAUAGUUUCCUCUUCCAUAUUAAAAAAAGAAAAGAAAAGAAAAAAGGUUCCAUUUGUUCUUUCAUUCAAUUUAAAUCAAGCAAAAUAAAUAAAAAUAUUAAGGAAUUGUUUUUCUACA